ACAGCUGGAAAGCCGAAGACGACAGCCAGCUAGCCAGAAACGGGAGAAAUUGAAAGAAAACGGAUGGAGCGGUAGCCAACGCAGUGAAUUUCAUAGAUAAUUAGAUAAUAAUUAAACAGUUGUCGCUGUCGAAUAAGUAAGCGAAAAAUCCAACAGCAACCGUAAAAAAAUGCACAGGCGUUUGGUGCAUACAACAAUGUGGAGACGUAUCGAAGCGUAAAAAUCAAAGGCGGCGCCAGCCACACGAACAACACAACAAUAAAAACGGAGAAACCAUAAUAAAAGAGAGACAGCAGACAGCAGCAGCUGGAGCUACUGGUGGAUCGCCGCAACUCCGGAUUAUUGUUUUUGAUGUGUGCCUUGGCCAGGGGAGCAGCAAUACAGUCAAAUAGCAAUAGUUAUAAUAACAACGUUAGCAAUAAUAUCAACGGCAACCACAAAUAGCAACAACAAUCACCGCUUCAGCCUUAGCGUAUACAACGAGCGCAUCGUGUCCUCAGUGUCAUAGAGCCCCACAUCCAAAGCAGAAACAAACAACACAGACAACAACAAAAGCAACAUGUCAUCACCCAGCGCUGGUAAACGACGCAUGGACAAUGACGUCAUCAAACUAAUCGAAUCAAAACACGAGGUCACGAUCCUUGGUGGCCUUAACGAAUUCCAUGUGAAGUUCUUUGGGCCAACUGGCACACCCUACGAGGGUGGCGUUUGGAAGGUGCGCGUCUAUCUGCCCGACAACUAUCCAUUCAAAUCACCAAGUAUUGGAUUUGUCAAUAAGAUCUAUCAUCCCAAUAUUGACGAAUCAUCGGGCACCGUUUGCCUGGAUGUGAUCAAUCAAGCCUGGACGGCAUUGUACGAUCUAUCGAAUAUAUUUGAAUCGUUCUUGCCACAACUGCUCACAUAUCCAAAUCCAGUCGAUCCAUUGAAUCGAGAUGCGGCCGCCCUCUAUCUGCACGAGCCGGAGGAAUAUCAUCGCAAGGUCGCCGACUAUGUGCAGCGGUAUGCGACCGAGGAUGCGCUGCGAGCAGCGCAACAGGAGCGCGAGAGCAGCGACAGCGAGUCCAGCAUGUCCGACUACAGCGAGGACGAGGCCCGUGAUAUGGAAUUAUAAUAUCGGUUUAAAUAUAUUAUCGAAACAACUAAAACAAUAGUAGCAGCAGCCCUACUAGCUGCUGUCUAAAAAAUGCCUCGAUUUGAACUAUAUCAGAUCGCCACGAUAUACAAAAAGAAAAAAAAAAAACAAAUACAAUUGAACAACACAAACACACACAUA